GUAGCCCGUCGUUGCUGCAGUACUCGAGCAGUGGAACAGCAGCUGCAGCAUCGUCGCUGGAGGCUCGCUACCUCCGGAUCGGGCAAACACGUUCAGCGCGUAAAUUACAAUAAAGCGCAUAAGCGCCCUGAAAUCAGCAAUGGCCUCGUCCGCUAGCGGAGCGGAGGAAGUCCGCGUGUCAGUAUUAACGCCUCUGAAGUUGGUUGGAUUGGUUUGCAUUUUCCUCGCGCUAUGCCUGGACAUCGGGGCCGUUCUCAGUCCUGCAUGGGUCACCGCGGACAACCAGUACUAUUUGUCUCUGUGGGAUUCAUGCUGGAAACCGGCGGCAUCGGAUACCUGGCGUUGCAGCAGCACGUUCGGGUCGGAGUAUGCAAGAGACUGGCAGAUUGCCACGCUGGCCCUGUUGCUGGGUGGGGCCGCCCUCAUUCUCUUCUCUUUCCUGGUGGGGCUGGUGUCCGUGUGCGUCGGGUCCCGGAGACGCUUCUACAGGCCCGUCGCUGUGAUGCUGUUUGCUGCAGUGGUACUCCAGGUGUGCAGUCUGGUUCUCUACCCAAUCAAGUUUAUCGAGACCAUCAGUCUACGAAUUUACCAUGAAUUUAACUGGGGGUACGGUCUGGCGUGGGGUGCCACCAUCUUCUCCUUUGGAGCGGCCCUGCUGUACUGCCUGAACCCCAAGAGCUACGAAGACUACUACUGACCCUGACGAGCAGCGUACCCACAAUGCACCCCCCCCCCUUUCUUUUACACACAGCUGUCUGUGAUAGCAGCCCCCCAAACCCUGAGCUUUCUCUGCAGAACUGACCGUCCUAGUAAAGAAAUGGUUUCUGCAGAAAUGAUCCAACCACAACAGUGACACAUUUCCUACAGAAUGGAGCACUCCAAGAACACCAGAGCCCCAUGCAGAAAUGACCAUCUUUACAAAGACAUUUUAUGUUUAUUUAAAAUGUUCUUACAUCUAGGGUUUUUGCAGAAUUGAGUAUCCAAGCAUGCACAUGUUCUCUGCUGACCUGUAAAUUCUCUCACACACACAAACCUACACACACACACACACACACACACUCACACAAAUUCAGACACACACUGCCGAACUGGACAUUGUAACGUACAUCAUAUCUGUGCAGAACCGAACAUUCUAACAGACAUAGUCUACCUCUGCAGGACUGCUCUUCCUAAGGAAAACACUGUCGCUGUAUAAAUCCUAAGACACGCAGCAUCUGUACACACGGGCCUGCAGUAUAUGGACUACAGAACCAUCUGACCCAUGCACACACACUUUUCUCUCUAGUAUUCUGUGUCUGUCUGACAGACGCACACCCACACACACACACAAUUUUCUUACUCUGUACAGAGCUGACCGUCCUUACAAAGCUGGUCUUCGAAUGACUGAUCAUCCAGCCGCUCGCACACACACACACACACACGCACACACACAAACACAUAAUCUUUAUUAAUACGGUCUUUCUACAGUUAAAACAAUCUCAUUAAUUAAACUGUACUAUACUAUGUAAAAACAUACCCAGUAGUCCAGAGUGGGGCUUUGAUGCUCUGGCUGUAGAUUCUAAGUUAUAGACUGUGUUUUUCUGACUCUGUAUAUCAUUUUAAAAACCAUCAGAGAUGUUUGUGGCAAAGGCUCAUGGAAUACUACUACUAUUUGUGUUAAUGUCUGGUGACCAUGGAAACCUCUUGUAGAGAUGAGAUGUCAUGGGGCUGCAAGCUUACUGAAGAAUGUAACUAGUUAAACAAGAGAAUGGAGCUCUGUAACCAAUCGGACCUGACUACAGAGCCCUGUAACCAAUCAGACCUGACUACAGAGCCCUGUAACCAAUCAGAUUUAUUGCUGGAGCUCUGGAACCUAUCAUACACGACAGUAACAGUGGGUUAUUUUAAGGCUGCGUAUGCUAGAUUUUAUGGAUGAACUGGAGGAAUUGCGAAUCUGUGUUGUUUCAAGUGUACAGUAACACAGCAUUUAUCACAGGUGUUUUGACUACCAUCACUAAAAAAUUUGCAUUUCGGUACAAAGAAUCCAUUCCUGAUGAAUCCUAAAGAGAAUCUAAGAUUGUCUGAGUUGAAUGUUUAGCUGCACUCAGGCAGCCUGACCCAUAGGAGGACAGUCAAACCCAGGGUAUAGUUGUUGGACCAUUUGUUGGACCAAUCAGGUGCUGUCUAGAAGUCCCGGAGAGAAUGUGAAAGCAUGAUAACCAAUCACUGGCUUGUAUAAGAUGUACAGAAGUUUCUUUCAGUUUCUUAAACUGAUGAGUUUUCUGCCCAUUUGUAAUUGUGGGUGUGGUUAGGGUUUGUGUGUGUGUGUGUGUGUUUUUGCAAGAGAGAUAGUGUCUGCACGUGUGUGAGUGAGUUUAUGAGAGAUUGUGUGUGCAUGCCUGUGUGUAUGCAUGUGUGUGUGUGAGACAGUGCACAUAUAUGAGUGUGAACUUAUAAGAGAGGUUGUGUGUGUGCAUGCAUGCGUGUUUGUGUAUGCGUGUGUGUGAGUGCACGUGUGAGACAUUGUGAGGUUGUCGGGGAGGGUAGUUGUGUGAUGGGAUGCCAAUAACACAUGAUGUAGGAGUCACAGUUUACCAAGUUAUUUAGGCCCCAAUUUCUCUCUCCCCUCCCCUUAGAUCCCCCAGCCUCUUCAAUAAGCCACAGUUUAAUGAACCGAGAUCUACCAUGUGUGUAUUACUGUAACUGCAUUAAUGAAUGUUUCAGUAUCAAUCCAGCAUUAUAGAUUACCAUGUAUUUAAGCUGACCGAUGAACAGAUCUGGUAUGUGAGGUCAAAUGUACAGAGAGAGAGAGAGAGAGAGAGAGAGAGAGAGAUGUAUUCUGCUUUUCCUGAGUGUGUAUUUCUACAUAGGAAUGGGCACUUUGGUGUACUUCCUGCCUGCUGUGCAUGGCUCCCUCUUCCCCAAUCAGUGUGUCUCUAUAGGGCGUUUCUAUAGGGCAUUUCAGUGUGUCUCUAUAGGGCGUUUCUAUAGGGCAUUUCAGUGUGUCUCUAUAGGCUGUUUCUAUAGGGCAUUUCAGUGUGUCUCUAUAGGGUGUUUCUAUAGGGUAUUUCAGUGUGUCUCUAUAGGGCGUUUCUGUAGGGCAUUCAGUGUGUCUCUAUAGGGUGUUUCUAUAGGGUACUUCAGUGUAUCUAUAGGGUGUUUCUAUGGGGCAUUUCAGUGUGUCUCUAUAUGGCGUUUCUAUAGGGUACUUCAGUGUAUCUAUAGGGUGUUUCUAUAGGGCAUUUCAGUGUGUCUCUAUAGGGCGUUUCUAUAGGGUAUUUCAGUGUGUCUAUAGGCUGUUUCUGUAGGGCAUUUAGUAUGAUUCUUAUAGGGCGUUCGGCUGCUGUCUCAGUGCCCUCCAGUGCGUUUACGUGAUCACAGGUAUCCUUUUUUUUAAAGAUGCCUUUUAAAUGUAGAACAUGCGUCUUGGUCAUGAGCUUUAGGGCAAACAUAGUUUUUUUUCCAUUAACACAUUAGGAUUAUAGUUAAUUUCUUACUUUUCUUUAAUGUCCAUACUAGUGAGGGUGAGAAAUGAGGGUGAGAGAGAGAGAGAGAUUCAUGAGCUGGGUUAGGGGGUAGAGAGAGGGAGGGAGGGAGAAAGAAAGUGAGAGAAGAGAGGGAGCUAUAUGUUAGUAUGAGCAUUUUAGAUCUGUGUGCAUAUGCUUGUGUGUGUGUGUGUGUGUGUGUGUGUGUGAGAGAGAGAGAGAGGAGUGGGGGUGGGGGUGGGGGUGGGGGGGCUACAUGAAUACCUAACCUAUAAAGGCACAGAACACACUGUUUCUUGUCUGAUCACAUUGCCAUUCCUUAGGGAAGAGAGGGAGACGGAGGAAGGAAGGAGAGGAAGAAAAAGAAAUGAUGGUCUGUUGUGAAAUGUAUGUCUCUGAUACUCAUACAUUUGUAUACUAACAUAAUAAACUGCAAAGAAUUACAA